AUGCGCGGUGGCACCUCCAACGGCCUCGUCGUUCACAGACGCGACCUCCCUCCAGAAAAUGAAUGGCACAGAGUUUUGCCCGCUGCUAUGGGCUCCCCGGACCCAUAUGGUCGACAAUUAAACGGCAUCGGUUCGGGCAUAUCAUCGACAUCCAAAAUCGUUGUGCUGUCGCCCCCAUCGCGGCCUGGUGUCGACGUGGACUACACCUUCGUGCAAGUCGGGAUCAAGGAUGGCAACCUCGACAUGGCCGGGAACUGCGGCAAUAUGUCUUCAGCCGUAGGGCCGAUAAGCCUGGACGAAGGUCUCAUCAUGGACCCGCCCAUCGAAGAAGUCGAUGGCCAGCAGUUUGCUACCGUACGUAUCUUCAACACCAAUACGUCCAAGGUUAUCUCGGCGCGCUUCAGAGUCAGUGGAAGCCCGCCCAGGUACUCUCCCGACGGCGACUAUGCCAUGGAUGGUGUACCCGGCACCAACUCGCCCAUCACACUCAGCUUCCUGGACCCAGCCGGAGCCAAGACGGGCAAAGCACUUCCCACGGGAAAUGCCUGCGAUUGGCUGCUCCUCCCAGACGCGACUACCAUACAGGCAUCACUGGUAGACGUCAGUAACCCAGGCGUCUUUAUACGCGCUGCAGACUUGGGCAUCCCUCAACCGGAGGACCUGUCGCCACAAACAGUCGAAGCAGAUGCCUCUCUGAAGAUGAAGCUAGACGGAAUCCGGGGCGCCGGCGCUUCUCUUAUGGGGCUGAACCCCGACGUGGAGAGCAUCCCCAAGAUCGUGCUGCUCUUCUCCGAUACCCGCUCGCCCGAAGUGGACAUCCGCUGCCUGGCAAUGUCCAUGGGACAGGCGCACAAAGCUGUUCCACUGACGCUUGCGCUAUGUCUCGGUGCUGCAAGUCAGCUUCCGGGCACCAUUCCGGCCCAGCUCGCCGGGAAUCGAUCAAAGACCUCCAUCGUCAUCGGCCACCCAAGCGGCAAGGUAGACAUCGGAACUACUUUCGAUGACGGGAAGAUCAGGUCGGCAGAUCUCCACCGUACAGCACGAGUGCUGAUGAAGGGAGACGUGUACUACUAG